CCAAAUUUGAGAGCUGUAUACUCCGAAAUCAGACAUGAAAUGGGUUUCCGAUUUCCGCACUGCGGAUGUUCGUGGAGCUUAAAACCCUAACUAAAACCCUUACUUGAAAUUUUUCAAUCCAAUCUCAAAAUGUCUAAAAUUUCCUCCACAUUUCUUCUAUAUUUCAUCCAAAAACGUUUCCUCAAUACGGUUUCUAGUUCUACUUUGCCUUUACCAUCUGUGUCUACCAUCGAAUUCCUCAAAAAUUCUUGUGGGCUUGCCUGUCAAACACUCCAAAUCGAUGAAAAAAACUCCCACAAGUACGAAGCCAUUAUCGGUUUCUUCAAAUCACAUGGAUUCGAUAAUUCGCAGAUAGCCAAGUUGGUCUCGACGCGACCUUGGGUCCUUCGAUCGAGAGUAUCCAACAAUCUGAAGCCUAAAUUUGAGUUCCUCGAGGAAAUCGGGAUCGUCGGUCCUUUACUUCCUAAGGUAAUUCUAUCGAACCCCCGGAUUCUGCAAACGAGCUUAGAUUCUCAGUUGAAACCAUCAUUUUGUUUCAUAAAGGGAAUUCUUGAAUCGGAUGAACAAGUAACUUUUGCUAUUUGUCGUUCUUCGUGGCUUUUAACUGCUGAUUUCAAAGGUACUAUGCAAUCUAAUAUUAAUGUUCUGGUCCGUGAAGGAGUAUCUUCUAGGAAUAUAGCGAAAUUGAUUGUACUGCAGCCUAGAGCUAUUAUGCAAAAGGUUGAUAGAAUGGUUUAUGCAGUGAAAACCGUUAAGGAAUUGGGCAUUGAACCAAACGCUCAUAUGUUUGUUCAUGCAGUUAGAGUAAUGGUUUCAAUGAAUGAUUCAACUUGGAAGAAGAAAAUAAAUGUUUUGAAGAGUUUGGGAUGGUCUGAGAAGGAGAUUUUUGCAGCAUUUAAGAGAGACCCACUUUGUUUAGUUUGUUCAGAGGAGAAAAUGAGGGAUGUUGCAGAUUUCUGUUUCAACACUGCAAAGUUGGAUCCAGGAACUGUAAUUUCCUACCCUAAGUUCUUCAUGUGUGCACUCGACAAGCGGCUCCGGCCGAGGUACAAAGUUGUUGAGGUUUUGAAGGCUAAAAAUCUUCUUAAGAAGAACAAAAAGAUUGCUUGGGUACUUUUACAAGGGGAGAGAAAUUUUGUGGAGAAUUAUGUUCUUAAGCAUUUGGAUGAUAUCCCAUAUCUUAUGGACAUGUACCGGGGCAAUGUGGCAGCCGAAACCAGAUCUGUUCUAUAGGAUUGGAAGGUGACAUAUACAUGGUUGCAUUGUGGCAUUCUCCACAUACUCGUUGGUUCUUUUGGACAUGUAUCGUAAUAUCAGUACUAGUAUUUAAAAGACCAAAAGCAAUGGUGAUAUUCUCACUAUGGCUAUUGAGAAGUUGCUUCUGCACGUCGUCUUCCAUGUCAUGAAUGGAGUUAGUGUCUGGUGCAUAGCCAGUUGCCUUGAUUUCAUCCUCAAGUUCCUCAAGAAAGGCAUAUAUUCUCUUGGAUUGUGGAUGAAUUGUGCUCCCUGAGUAGAAGGAAUGGACCCCAUUUUUCAAUUCUACCAAGCUGCAACCAGGUGUUUUCUGAAGCCCUUUCUUGUCCAUUGUUUUUCUUGCUUCAUCUACCUUGCCCUAUUUUGAAGCAGAUGCACAAAUAUUAGCUCGUAAGACAUGGCUGUUUGUUAACUGCUUUCUCUCCCAAUUCAACAUUUUUGUGAAUUUUACGAGCACCCAACAUGGCACCAUACACAAUAACCCCUGGACUAAUAGACAUGUUUUAAUAAAAUCCCAUUCUUCUUUGAUCCUGUCA